CAAGUAUUUGACAGGGAGGUUGUUUCUGACAAUAACCAAAAAUUACUCCGAUGUUGGUAUGGAUAUAAAUUCCUAAAUCUACGCCUGUUUUUUUGGUUCCACAAACGCAUUGAUGUCAUUGUUUAUAAGUGUAGUUUUGCAUAAAAGAGCACACGUGAUUCAAGAAUGAAAGGACAGCAAGUAUUUCAUCUACUUUUCCAAGGUGUUCUGCUGUAUGAGACUUUGGCUUGGGAAGUGAGAAUGCCAACAGAAAUUCAUGGCCUCAGAGGUUCCUGUCUGGUUAUACCGUGCUCUUACUCUUACACUUCAUACCCACCAACUAACCCACGCAGAGUUGUGUGGUAUCAGUUGGUGUCGAGUGGCUACCCUUUAGUUUGUGAUCCCUUGAAUCCAGACAGUGUCAUUGACAAGUUCAGAGGAAAAACUGAUUUAUUUAGGCAUACAAACUCAUAUCGGGAUUGUAGUCUGCUGAUCAAAAGCGUGGAUCCGUCUCACAAUGGAGAAAAAUUAUAUGCAUGGAUUGACCCAGAAAAUGUUGGAUGGCGCACCUAUAAGUUUUAUGAUGUCACCUCAACGAUUAUUGUUGACACAAAUCCACAGCAGCCCAUCAUUAAUAUUUACGGAGGUUUAAAGAUCAGUGACAACAUUACAGUAGCGUGUUACACCUACCAUACCUGUCCAUACAGCAAACCAAACAUCAUUCUGAAGGGUAUUGAAGGAUCUGAUCAAAUAGAUGAUGUCGAUAUCAAACAUGGUCAAUGGAAAACCACUCGGACACGCACCGGUGUUGUGAAGGCUGAACAUUUAGAUAUUGAGUGUAUUGUAAAACAUCAUGGAGGCAUAACAACAAGAGCUACAAAAUCACAAAGUGCAAAAUGUGUCUAUUAUAAUAUAACCAUUGAGCCUAAACUGGCAGCAGAUAUUAUAGAGGGUGUUGAUAUGAACUUCACUUGUACCGUCCACCAUUCCUGCCUGAAUAAUCCUCCGAUCCUCUCCUGGAACUAUGAGAACAUGCCGGUCAAAUAUGAUACGAAACAACUUACAGGGUUUGAUUUGGCCACCUUUUCAACCAUAACCUUUUUGGGGGCAAAGAAAGAUGAUGGGAAGAAAUUAAUCUGCACUGCAAAUAUUUCUGGACAGAAAAUCACAGCAUCUGUCGACUUACAUGUACAACAUUCUUUUACAGAGUCUCCAAAACCAAUGACUGCAGUCCAGAAUAAAUGUAUGUGUUUCACAUUUGUCCUAAAGCCAUUUACCAUUGGUGGGCCGUACAUUUCACACCUAGAUCUUCAGUGGUGUCUUACCUCUGCUAUCUGUGCCAUUCAGUUCCAACAAGUCCUUUUCUAUCGCCAUGGAGGCUAA